AUGAAGCUCUUCAGCCUUAGCGUGCUUUAUAAAGGACCGACCAAAGCCCAUUUACUUAAAGCAGCCUACGAGUUGUCAUCCGUUGGCUAUUUUCAAAGGUCCAGUGUCCAGGAGGUCAUGACGUUUACUUGCGGUUUGAUAGUCGAGCGCUCUCCACCGGGCUGUCGCUGUUCAGUCCAAGAACAAGAGUACAUGUGUCAUGUUUAUAUACGAGAUGACUGUCUCAGUGCAGUGGCCAUCACUGAUACCGAGUACCCUCAGAGAGUGUGCUUCAGUCUACUCGACAAGGUGCUGGAUGAAUUCUCCAGACAGGUCGAUGACAGAGACUGGCCCACUGGUUCUCCAGAGACCAUUCGCUUCACACGACUGGAGGAAUACCUCAUCAAAUACCAAAAUCCUAGGGAGGUAGAUGCAUUAACCAAAGUGCAGGCGGAGGUUGACGAGACAAAGAUCAUUUUGCAUAACACUAUGGAGUCGUUGUUGCAGAGAGGGGAGAAGCUCGAUGAUCUGGUGGCCAAGUCUGAGGAGCUGGGACAAAGUUCUAAAGCAUUUUAUAAAACUGCUCGUAAGCAGAACCGUUGCUGUAAGAUGAUGUGA